AUGUCGAGGCAGCUUACUCUACAAAUACAUCCUGGUCGAGGCCUCGGAUUCAUUGUGUUGUCGAAGUUGAAGUCACAACCAAGUGUAUUCCUCUCCAUCGAUAUAUACUACUCGCCCGCAGACCCUCUCUCUGAACCAGUUAUAUUGAACCUGCCGAAAAAUGGCUUUCGAUUGCGGUUUGAUGGCCCUGGUCAAAGAUUACGCCUGAUAGAAGUGCUCGACUUCUCAUACACACAUUUUACGUAUGACGGUAAAGAUGUGGUCAAGCUUGCGCCCGAAGGUGGGGCCACCAAAGGUCCCGCGUUUCGCCAGAUAUAUGACAGGCUGAUUGGACCUACAUUUCCUGGAGAGUUCGCUCCUCCGCUAUCAGUGGCAGACACAAACGCGGGAUCCUAUGUGCUGUCAUAUCCAGGAAUAGCCUUUACGUUCCCAUUAAGAAGCCCGGUAGGCAUGAAUACGAGGGAUUUCGUGUCCCUCUUAUCCUCGUCUCAAGCUGGACCUGCGAAAUCCAUGGCUUUGUUUGACGGCGAAUCUUGGAGCGAGGCGCGUAAAGAUCUGUAUACGAGACCUAGCUUGAAUCAUCGCUCGUGGAUGGUUUCCAAUCGAGCGAGGGACUUACGACCAGAUGAAAUAGAUCACGUUCUUUUGAAAGGGGAUGGGCUUCUUGAAUUUUAUAGGCGCAAUGCUCACCCUUUUCAGAUACUCUUGAGUAGUACUUCACCACAAGAUCUCAUCACAGAGUUGGGUCCUCCAGACGCCAUAUACAGGAAGUCAGAUAAGAGAUUGGCAAUCCAUAAAUCGCGGCGCAACCGAAAGUCUGGAAAACCCGUCUCCGUUUACGAAGAUACAACAGAUACAGAUCAGUCAUCUCAUGCUGUGACGGAUGAGUCAGCUGAAGAAGAUGAGUGCAAUUCAGGGGUUCGAGGCGAGGCAGACGCUGACAUCGAGUGCUUCUGGAACUAUUUCAACCAUGGCGUUGAUGUAUUCCUGUCUUAUUCAAGUCGUCCUUUGACAGAGCCGAGCCAACUCGUUGCAACUAAGAUUCUUCUUCAUGGCAAUAUACCAGGCUCAUACCCGUUCAAUCGGUAUCGUCGAUGUCGCUGGAAGCUAGACCAAAAUCUGCAAGGUCGUAAUGAUGAAAUGACGUCCGAGACUACCUUUAGCACUAUCUCUUCGUCACUUCAAGAGAUACACGAGAAGGACCCCUCAAGCAGAGAUCUCUUGGCUAGCUUUCGACAAGGCAUGGUGCUCAAUCGAGGUUGGGGCAAUAGUCCAGGGAGUAGCUGCGAGCUCCUCGGCGGUUGGGAGGAAGGUGGUAAGUCCGCAAAGGUUCCAUUGGUUGGUGAAGAUGGCCCGGGGCUAGGAAAUACCGAAUUGUUUGGUUUUCCGGGUAUGAUUUUUGAGGUACUCAAGAAUGAUCGUGUCAGCUGCUUGACCAUCUAUUGA